UGCCCGUCGGUACAUGCAUCAAGCAGCACAGGACCACCUCCAAAGCCUCCAAAGCCCAGCAACUAUGUCAUCUUUUCCUUUCGGAACCAGACUGAAUUCACUCGGACGAGGAGCCUAGAUGACGGGAAGAGACUUCAACGAUCCCCAGAAAAGAAACCCACGCAAUGUCCACAACUUUGCAGAUCUCCACAGUCUCCACGGCCAGCCCUGUUGUCAUUACCAAAGAGCCCGCAACUCCCGAUACUUGGAGAAGGUCAGACUUCAGCCCGAUAUCCAGCCCCCCAAAAAGGCCGACUACGCUCAUUCGUCACUGUUGAAACAACGACAAGCCAUCCCCAAGACCAAUCAAUAAGAUCUAAGCAAGGGUGGGGGAAGACACUUUCAACUCAGACACUGAAAAUGGCGCCAGGCCAAGAACUGGAAGAGGAUGAAUGGGCAUCAUCAUCGUCAAGGACAUCCCCUUCAGGCUUCGACGCAUCGCCCAUUUGUUUCUCAUCCACCCAGUCCCCUCAAAACACACCGCACGCUGUCCGAAGACACCAUGAACGCUAG